GUAUACUGUGUUUUAAAAUAUCAAAUUAAAAUAAAUACCAAUGUCUGGUAUAGCAAAUUUUAUUUCGGCAUUCGAGCCAGAGCGGGAGCAGUUUAAAAAUUAUUUAGACCGAUUAGAAGCACAGUUAAUCGUGCUAAAAGUCAAAGAGGGAGAUAAGGAAAAUUAUUUAAUUGCAUAUAUUGGUCCUGAAACGUAUAAUCAUUUGAAAGUAGCAUGUUUGCCGGACGAACCGGGUGAUAAAGUCUAUGAUGAAUUAAUCACUAUCCUUGAAGGAAUUUUCUCUCCGCGUCGAUUAGUAGUGAGUGAACGAUUUAAAUUUAAUCAACGUGUUCAACGGGCAGGUGAAUCUAUCCAAGAAUUCAUCGAUAGUUUAAAAAAUUUAGCAAAAUCUUGCAAAUUCGACACCUUUUUAGACGACGCGUUGCGGGAUCGUUUUAUUGUUGGUCUGAAGGAUGAAUCAAUACAACGCAAAUUACUUGCCGAGAAGACUUUAAAGUUUGAAAAAGCAUGUGAAAUUGCCUUAAAUUCCGAAUUAGUCGGUAGUCAAACUAGCUAAAUAAACCAGUGAUAUUCGCAAAUUAAUGCGGUUACUAAAUCGUACGUGGAAUUUAAGAAAAACACAAAUAAUACCACGAUGGUGUUUAAUAAAAAUAUAAACAAGUUCCAAGGGAAAACUAGUAAAUUUAGUACUCGAAGUAGUCCAUCAAAUCAUAAUUACGUCAGGGAUCAGCCGCAGAAUCAGUCAUCUCAAGGUAGUGAUGAUAAAAAAUAGCAGUAGCAGCUAUAAUAGUACUGCUAUUUUACAGUCGCAGACUGCUAUUCAGUGUAAAUAAUAGCAGUGAUUGCUAAAUUUCGUAAUUUAUGUUUUUCAACAGUCUACACUGUAUUAUAACUGCUACACUGCUACUAUAUUAUAACUCAUAAUAUAAUGGAAAAUAGCAGAAGCUAUAGAGCGGCAGGCUUGGUGUUAUGUAUGAUAUUUGAUAAUGCGCAUUCGACAUUAGCUGUUAAGCGUCUAAAAUGUUUCUGUUAUCAACGCUUAUCCAGUUACCAGAUAUCAAUAUCUAAUACGGCAAAUACAGUUUUAUCGGUAAAAACAAAAACCACAAUAGUCAAUAUUACAUUUUACAAAUCUAGUAUUAUCAAUUAUUGUAAAAUGAUACCAAAUAUUGUCUUACGAUUCAUUGUUAAAUAAAUAAAAUAAAACUAUCAAAAACAAACAAUCAACUAUACCCUAUGAUAUGUAGAAGAAGAAUGUGCUUCAUUUGUAUUAUCUUAUAGACAUAAGAGUUGGUAUAAUAAUUCAACAUGUUAAUACCAGUCUAGAAAUGGAAUUUUAUUGUUUAUUUUUAUAUUUUUCAUUCAUACAUUUAAUUAUGAAACAUACUAAGCAUAGCUUUUAUUAAUCU